AUGACGAUCAGCGACUUGGAGAAACCCGAGGCUAUCGAGGAGUAUGACGACAAUGGCUUAACCAGAAGUCCAACCGCCGUCGAUGAUAUUGGACGAGCAGAUGCGUUGCAAAAGACGACGUCCGCCGCCAGCGCAAAGGUCAAGGCCACCAUAGGCAAUGUACUCAGCGCGACAGCGUCUCGAGUAACGACUCGCCACAUCACCGACCCAGGGCCUGCCCCAGAUGGAGGAAUUAAGGCAUGGAUACAGGUAGCGAUGGCUUUCCUGACUUGUGUGUCGACAUGGGGAUACAUAAAUUCUUUUGGCGUCUUUCAGACAUACUACACGGAGGCGCUGGGUGAGACUCCUUCAACAGUCUCAUGGGUCGGGUCCCUGCAGCUGUUCGUGAUCUUUGCAGUCAGCGUCUUUUCAGGUCGGGCCCUCGACGCUGGACUCUUCCUGCCUACGUUCGUUACGGGAGCCGUCAUUCAGGUCGUUGGGAUAUUCAGCAACAGCUUCUCUAAGACGUUCUGGCAACUACUGCUGAGUCAAGGAGUCUGCACAGGCCUCGGGUCUGGGAUCGUCUUUUGUCCAGCGAUGGGGAUCGUGACCACAUACUUUCUGGAGAACAGGGCGCUCGCGAUCGCAAUUGUCAGCACAGGAAAUUCUGUUGGUGGUAUUGUCUACCCGAUCAUUGUGCGAUCACUUCUUCCUAAAAUCGGGUUUGCAUGGACAAUCCGAGCACUUGGUUUCGUCAACCUGGCUUGCUUGGCAACAGCUACCGCCUGCUUCAGAGCACGACUUCCACCACGCAAAGGAGGACCAAUCGCCGAGAUUUCAGCAUUUCGAGAAGUGCCGUAUCUGUGUACGGUGCUGGCCUUCUGUUUUGUCUUUGGCGGCUUGUUCUUCACCUACUAUUUCCUUGGAUCUUUCGGCCGUGACGUGAUCGGGAUGUCUUAUACCGAGUCCACAAACCUGAUCACGAUCUUCAACGGAGUCGGUGUCCCCAUACGACUCCUGACCGGACACAUUGUCGACAAAUAUGUUGGACCGUUGAACGGAAUGAUCCCACUGCUAUUUCUGAACUCGAUCUUCGCGUUUGCCUGGACCGGAGUAAAAUCUAGAGUCGGCAUGUACGUGUUUGCUGCUUUCUACGGAUGCUCGGCAGGAGCAUUCCAGUGUCUCUUCACGACAACGAUCACAAGCCUGAACAAGGACAUGUCGAAGAAUGGAGUGAGGAUAGGCAUGGCAUUCUCAGUCUUCAGUUUAGCUGGGUUGACCGGUCCGCCUAUCGGAGGAGCGUUAUUGCAGACGAAUGGAGGCGGAAGAGGUGGAUAUAUGGCAGCUCAAAUUGGAUCAAGAAAGACGGGUGGACAUGGACAAAGUGCUGAGUACUAUUACUUUUGA